GGCCGCCUCAAAACAAGAACCAUCGAUAAAGAGCAAUCAUGGUGGCUAAAACCUUAGCACUCUUCAUAACAUGCGCCAUCUUCUACUGCCAUGGGGCAGCUUCCUUGGAAGACCUCACCAUACGCCAAGUCACAGAUGAUCGACUUUCCAAUCUCCUUGGGACACACACGGAGACCAAAUUCCGGGUUUUCAUGUCGGACUACGGCAAGAGCUACUCCACGCGGGAGGAGUACGUGCAUCGCCUCGGUAUAUUUGCUAAAAACGUCCUCAAGGCGGCCGAGCACCAGAUGUUGGACCCCACUGCCGUCCACGGUGUCACGCGGUUCUCUGACCUAACGGAAGAGGAGUUCACGAGGAUGUACACUGGAGUAGUCGGAGUAGUCGAUGUUGGCGGCCGCCGUGGCGGUACGGUUGGAGCGGAGGCACCCAUGGUAGAAGUUGAGGGAUUGCCCACAGAUUUUGACUGGAGGGAGAAAGGUGCAGUUACUGAGGUCAAGGAUCAAGGUGCAUGUGGAUCGUGCUGGGCUUUUAGCACAACAGGAGCAGUUGAAGGAGCCCAUUUUGUCUCCACCGGGGAGCUAGUUAGUCUUAGCGAACAACAACUUGUGGAUUGUGAUAAAGCGUGCGAUCCAAAGGACAAGAAAGCGUGCGACGAUGGAUGUGGUGGGGGACUCAUGACAAAUGCCUACGAGUAUUUAAAGGAGGCAGGAGGUUUAGAAGAGGAAAAAUCAUAUCCUUACACUGGCAAACGAGGCCACUGCAAGUUCGAUCCCAAUAAGGUUGCAGUAAAAGUAGUGAACUUCACGAAUAUACCACUGGACGAGGACCAGAUCACAGCAAAUUUAGUACAACAUGGUCCUUUAGCAGUGGGAUUAAACGCGGUGUUCAUGCAGACGUACAUAGGAGGAGUGUCGUGUCCGCUUAUAUGCAGCAAGAAAAAGAUUAACCACGGGGUGCUUCUUGUUGGGUACGGAUCAAAAGGGUUUUCGAUCUUAAGGCUUGGCAAUAAACCGUAUUGGAUUAUCAAGAACUCGUGGGGGAAGAAAUGGGGAGAUGGUGGGUACUACAAGCUGUGUCGUGGUCAUGAUAUGUGUGGGAUUAACUCGAUGGUCUCUGCAGUGGUCACCCAAGUUUCGUCCUAGAUUAGAUGGGUCUUGUCUUUUACUUGGUGAAAUUCCUCUUGCACUCUCUUGGUUUUAUUUUAGGGUUACACGAUUUAGGAGUGAAGUUGAGAGUUCUGAAAAUCGGGCCUAUACCGUUGUGUUGUAGUAGACACUAAACAAUGGAGUGAUUAAUAUUUGUUUUUGACAAUGUUCUUUACUAGUUACCACCUUAUCUUAUUAUAGCGGGGUGGGAUAAAAAAUAAAAUUUGUCAUGCAAAAUAUAUAAAACUAGUU